GACAGUACGCUAUUUCAUCUUGGUGUGGUAUAAUCGAUUGUCAUUAACCACUAUUAUUAGUCUUAUCACUAUUGUCUCGUCAAACUAAUAGGCUUAUCGCAGUUAUUCGAAAUUCGGAUUUUCAAAAAUAUCUAAUCUUUCAACAUGUCUAUUUACAAAUACUCCAUCUCACUCAAUGAAGCCGCUUCAGUUCAUCAGUCGUUGUUUGUUCGAUAAAUCAUACAUUACCAGACGACGACGCGAGGGAAGCUUCAAGAUGCAAGAUUAUUUAAAAAUUUCACUAAUUCUAAGCACCUUUGGCUUAUUGAAGGAAACAAGACCAUCGGAGUCAUUUAUCGCGGAUUUCAUUGUUGACUUCAAGAACAUAACAGCCGAACAGAUUAACCAAGACAUUUUUCCGAUCGGAACGUAUUCCUAUCUCGUUCAGCUCAUCAUAAUUUUCCUCGUUACCGACAUGCUGAGAUACAAACCGUUGAUUAUUUUGCUUGGUGCUAGCGGUGUCACCAUAUGGAGCAUGCUGUUGUGGACGAAUUCCGUAUUGGGAUUGCAGUUUGUCGAAGUCAUUUAUGGUACUUAUUGCGCCACUGAAAUUGCUUACUACAGCUACAUUUAUGCGAAAACAGAAAGAGAGCAUUAUCAGGCUGUGACAUCACAUACUCGGGCAGCAAUUUUAGUUGGGAGGUUUGUCGCCGGUGUGUCUUCUCAGUUGCUUGUGUUUUUUCAUGUUAUGAACUACAGACAACUCAAUUAUCUCACGUUGAUAACUCAAAUUUUAGCGUUCGUCUGGGCAUUUUUUAUUCCGCGUGUUGAAACAAGCACAUACUUUAAUCGUAAUACAGGAGGAAAGUGGUCAGAAACAUUUCGUCGCAGCCAGAUCCUAGAAGCCUUUAAUUUGAUUUGGAAUCAUUUUCGAACCAGUUACGCCAACAAAGUCGUUGUGUUGUGGAGCAUUUAUUAUGCUGUUGUGUUGUGUUUUAACAUACAAAUCACAGCUUAUAUCCAGAUUCUGUGGAUGUCCAUCGACGAUUCACAGGAGGUGAUUUACAAUGGGGCUGUUGAUGCCAUUCUCACAUUAUUAGGAGCUUGCUUUGCGAUAUUGGCUGGGAAAAUUCACAUAAAUUUCUUAAAGAAAAGCAUGCACUCUCUGCUAGUACUGAUUCUUAUGUCAAGCGUACAAGGAGUGUUUGUAGUAUUGGCAGCAAACAGCCAGACACUUCUGGCGUGCUACAUUUUUUACAUUUGUUUCGGUGCUUCAUAUGCCUUUGGAAUUACAAUUUGUGCAACAGAAAUUGCUAAGAAUCUUGCCGAAGACACGUUUGGAUUAGUUUUCGGAUUCAACACGUUGAUAGCUUUAACACUGCAGACAGCCGUGACAUUAUCAGUUGUUUCCUAUGGAUUCCAGUUAUCUCCAAGUGGUCAAUACCAAGUAUACGGAUACGCUUAUGUUGUCCUUGCAGCUGUCUAUCUGGUAACACUCUUUGUUGACAUAAUGAGAAGGAGUAUAAGAAGGGUCUGACGAAAUCAUGUGGAAUAAAUUCACAAAAUCAAA